AUGUACGUCAUCAUUGACUGGCGCUCACAUUAUGCCAAUCAACAUCAGAAUGAGGCUAUUGCAUUCUUCAAAGAAAUGGAAAAAACUUAUAGCAAAGUAAAUAAUGUCAUCUACGAAAUUUGGAAUGAGCCAAAGGAUGUUACAUGGAAGGACAACAUAAAGCCGUAUGCAUUAACUGUAAUUAAGGCAAUUCGGGCUAUUGAUAAAAAAAACUUGAUUGUUGUGGGCACAUCGACUUAUUCUCAGGACGUUGAUGUGGCUGCAGCUGAUCCCAUUACUGGCUAUAAAAAUAUUGCCUAUGUUCUACAUUUUCACUCUGGGACUCAUCAUCAGGAUUUAAGAAACCAGGCAUCAAGUGCUCUUAAAAAAAGUAUCGCUUUGCUUGUGACACACACGAAAGCAGUGCCUGGUUUAGUUUUAUGA